AUGGUCGCAUGGCUGAUUUGGAAAGAAUGUAAUAGGAGAGUUUUCAGGGAGGAAGAACUGGAGGUUUCAAUACUCAUUAAGAGAGUCCAGGCGACAAUUGAAGAAAAUGUAAAUGCCAAGAUAUAUGGACAAAGCUACAGAUUAUACACCAAGUGGGAUAUGGAAAUGGAACAUGUAUGGAAUUUGAAACAGUCAAGUCUCCAUAGAUUGAAGGAUAAAUCGAUUGGAAGGAAGAAUGUCAAAUGGAGUCAGCUGCCUCCUGGUUGGAAAAAGCUAAAUUUUGAUGGUGUUAGCAGUGGCAAUCUGGGUUUGUCAGGUUUUGGGGUUGUGGUCAGAGAUGAGGAAGGUAGUUUUGUAGGGGCUAUAUGUGGGCCUUUAGGAAUUGGUUCCAAUAACGUGGUGGAAAUCACCACGUCAGAGGAGGGGCUUAAAUGA